GUUGCCAAGUCCCUCCUUUCCAAUCCCAUCUGAACAUUUGAGUUUUGACAAAAUCAAACCACCCUCCCCACCUUCCCUCACCAAAUUAUUUCUCCACUUCCUUUUCCUCUUCCUCUUCCUUCCUACACACUAAUUAACCUCUUUCCUUCUUUGUUUCACACAAAAACGCCUUUACCACUUUGCUCCCACUCUACAUUAUUCACAUCUUAAUACAUAUGUAACCUUGAGAGGGAGAAAGAGGAAUAUCUUUUUAUAUAUAAAAAAAUAACAAAAUUAAAUCUAGAAAGGAUGAGAAAUAACAGGAAUUCUCUACCAGAGAGAAGGUGGUUCCUAGGCCUGGCCAUAGUGGGCCUGGUCGGAGCUGCAGUCUUCAUAGUCGUAAUGAUCCUAACCUCCGACUCCUCCUUAAUAUGCCCGACGGAACCAAUCUACGGUGAAAUGCCCAAAGCCCAGGCCCGAGUCCAGGAAGACUACAACCCAACGACGAUCCAGCUGAAGGCCAUACUCCACUACGCCACGUCACGCAUUGUCCCGCAACAAUCUCUUGCAGAGAUCAAGAUCAGCUUCGACGUCCUCAAAUCAAUGGGCCGGCCAUGCAACUUCCUGGUCUUCGGUCUGGGUCACGACUCCCUCAUGUGGGCCUCCCUGAACCCGGGCGGAACAACUCUCUUCCUGGAAGAGGAUCCUAAAUGGGUUCAAACCGUACUCAAGGAUGCCCCGUCCCUGCGGGCCCACACUGUCCGGUAUCGCACGCGCCUAAGGGACGCGGACCAACUGCUCUUGUCUUACCGCUCCGAGCCCGCCUGCGGCCCGGAGGGGGCCCACUUACGUGACAACGUUGAGUGCGAGCUGGCUCUUCACAACCUCCCCGAUCAGGUGUAUGAGACAGAGUGGGAUCUGGUGAUGAUCGACGCGCCUCGCGGAUACUUCCUGGACGCGCCGGGGAGGAUGGCGGCGGUGUACUCUGUGGCGGUCAUGGCGAGAGGGAGAAAAGGAUCCGGUGUGACGCACGUGUUCCUUCACGAUGUUGAUCGGAGGGUGGAGAAGGUUUAUGCUGAGGAGUUUCUUUGUAGGAAGUAUUUGGUGAGAGGUGUUGGCAGGCUUUGGCAUUUUCAGAUACCGCCUUCAAAUGACUCUCAUACUUCUCAAAGUUUCUGUUAAAAAGUAAGAUUAAAUUUGUAAUUUUUUUUAUUAUAAUUUCUUUCAAU